CGGACUCUCAACCCCCGUCACAUGAUCAUGAAGCCUUCCACCUGUGACACCCCAAACUCAGCAUCGCGAAUAGACUCUCCAUCCCUUCCAUAGGCUUUCCAUAUACCAUAUUCGCAUCUUCACAUCUUCACUAACUUAGACAGUAGACACGGCCGAAAACACCUCCAGUGCAACCCCACACACAAUGACAACACUCCACCGACGGUUUCCAACGUUACGCACACGCCACUCGUCUCUCUAUCGCAAAUUUUUGCGACGCUCGCCAUCGUCACCAGCGAACCUCACCUAGCAUAAAGCGCAGCAUGUAGCAGCAAAAGGGCCAUGAUGAAGCGCUCAUUUCCAUCCCGCCCCCUAAUCCGAAGCCUCGGCGCUUCUCACUCCAAUGCCGGCGCCUGCUCAUUGCGGUCCUUCCCUGCGCGAUGCGCAUCUGCGUCGCCCGUAUCGCAACCACGCCGGAUGCUCUCGGCCUCCGUUACAACCGUCACCUCCGUGCGCCCCCGGCUCCAUACCCGGAGCACGAUGCCCGGGCUGAAGCACUCUGCCUGCGGCUGCGCGUGCGGCAGCAGCAAGCCUCGCAAGAAGACGGCGUACAUCGCCCUCGGGAGCAAUCUUGGUGACCGUGUCGCCGAGAUUGAGCGCGCCUGCAACGAGAUGGACCGCCGCGGGAUCAAGGUUAAGCGGACCAGCAGCCUGUGGGAGACGGAGCCCAUGUACGUCAAGGACCAGGACCGCUUUGUCAAUGGCGCCUGCGAGGUUGAGACUGAGCUGGAGCCCUUGGCUCUACUCGAUGAGCUCCAGGCCAUUGAGCGUGAGAUGGGACGCAAGAAGGUCAUUGACAAAGGCCCGCGCAACAUUGAUCUGGACAUACUCCUCUAUGGAGAUGAGAAAGUGAGCCAUGAGCGACUAACGGUGCCUCAUGCUGGUGUCCUGGAGAGGGAGUUUGUCUUGAGACCUCUAGCAGAACUUAUGCCAGCCAAGUCACUUGACCCUGCAAAGCCUUGGAAGCUUAUCCGAGACUACCUCCACGAGCUCCCUCGCGGCGAGCCAAUGUCCUCGAUGACUCCCUUGUCUGCCACAUCGAGUCCCCUGACAGCCCUCGCCAGCAACAGGAAGACACACGUCAUGGGCAUCCUCAACGUGACCCCAGACUCCUUCUCGGACGGCGGCGUCCACGCCCCGGAGAACCUCGCGCAGACCAUCCUCGACAUGGUCCGAAGCGGCACCUCCAUCAUCGAUGUCGGCGGCCAAUCCACCGCCCCUGGCCGCGAGCAGGUCUCCGCCGAGGAGGAGGCAGCCCGCGUCGUUCCGGCAGUCCAGCUCAUCCGGUCACUGCCGGAGACCCGCGACGUUGUGAUCAGUGUCGACACGUACCGCGCCUCUGUCGCCGAGCAGGUCGUCGCCAACGGCGCCGACAUGAUCAACGAUGUCUCGGCUGGGCUGCUCGACCCAGACAUGCUUUCAACUGUUGCCCGUCUGCAAAAGACCAUCUGCCUCAUGCACAUGCGCGGUACCCCCGGGACCAUGACCGGCCUGACGUCGUAUCCUGACGGCCUCAUCCCCACCGUCGCUUCGGAGCUGCUGGCCCGCGUCGCCGCCGCCGAGGCCGCGGGUAUCCGGCGCUGGCGCAUCAUGCUCGACCCGGGCAUCGGCUUCGCCAAGACGAGCGAGCAGAACCUCGAGCUCCUGCGGCGCCUGGACGAGCUGCGCUACUGGCCCGGGCUUGAGAGCCUGCCGUGGCUCGUGGGCGCGAGCCGCAAGUCCUUCGUCGGCAAGAUCACGGGCGUCGCGGAGCCGGCACGGCGGACGUGGGGCACGGCGGCGGCGGUGGUGGCGGCGGUGCAGGGAGGCGCCGACGUGGUGCGCGUGCAUGACACGGCGGAGAUGGCCGUGGUGGCCAAGAUGGCGGAUGCCAUCUGGAGGGUGUGACGGAGAGAAGCUGGGGAUCGGGCGCUGGGGGAAGCAGCUGGAUACUGGACGCUGGAUGCUGGAUGUCGGAUGCUGGGUGCCUCUUUUCGAGUAGCACCGCCGAUCAGCGCAAAC